AUCUCGUGCAAUUCGUGGGCUUACCCGCCACGCAAUCAACAUUCCGAGGUCAGACUUCCCCUCUUUUUCCUCUCUUUCACUCUCAUCUGAUUUCUCAACUCCCAGAGUUUUUUUUUUUAAUAUUUUUUUUAAACCCUUGAUUAUCUCCUCAUUUUCCUCCUCAACUUUCUCUCUCCUCUAUUGUUGAUCACAAAUCAACCUUCAUUUUCCGAUGAUUUUAGGGCUACAAUCAUCAUCCAAUUGAUGCUAAACCCUAGCUCAUAAUUCAGCAACAAUUUGGGGAAAAAUUGAUUGAAUUUUCUGUAAAAUGGAUCCUGAACAAACGUUUAUUAGGGUUCAGGAGAGGUUUUCACAGAUGAUUACGCUUAGAAUUCGAACUGCUCUUGAGUACUUUUAUCUCUUCACCGCUAUUACUUUGUUCGCUAUCCUUGUUGUUAUGCACGCCAAUUUUGUUCAGCAGCCGGGCUGUUCCAGUGAACUCUCUGGAGUGCAAACAACAGAAGCACAGCUUAUUUUCGUCAAGAUUACUGGAAUUGACCUGCUAAUUCAAAAAGAUUCUGAACCUAAUUUUGAAGAUAUAUCUCGUGGACGAAUUCUUAAUGAUGAACCUAGACCUAGAGAGCCAGAUGCCCAUGACGACGAGUUUAACUUGUUUGCCGUGAACUACUGGUUUGGUUGGAUUACUUCUGGUGCUAGGAGGGGAAAAUUGAACUUCAAGUUUUGGAAAAAUUAUUAUGAAUACUCUGAAACACAGCCAGAAACUAUCGUUGAUGGUAGGGGCUCAAAGUUAGCUGCCAAUGAUGGUAGAGUUGAAAGAGAGGAGCCAUCUGAGACCUUUUCCAUGUUUUCAAAACAAUCUGCAAGAGCAGUCAUCUUACACUUUUUCAGAAAGUGGCACAGACGUCUAACAUUUAUCUGGAAACAUGGGACACGUUUGUUGGGAACUCUUUGGAACAUUGCAGGUAUUCGCUUGAAUCUUGACAUUCCUAAGUGGCUGCAUAUUUUGCACUUGGAUAGGCUCAAUUUGCUUGCAGUUCUUGAGCAAUUAGCUGCCAAAGUUAGACUUCAAAAGGCGAAAAUAACGCAUGAAACGUGGCUUGAGAGGAAAAUCAAAGCAUUUGAACCGUCAUAUCUCUAUACUAUGGAAAAGGGGUAUUUCUUGCUUCCUGAAGAAGCUAAAUCUCGUCAUAACAUUCGGACUGCUAACAUAAGCAUAUCUGCUCGGCAUCACUGCUUUGGUAACAGGUGGCAACAACUUCUCAUAAAUAGAGUGGUGGGAUAUGACACUAUUCUGAUGAACAGUUUGCUAGAUGCUCCUGGACAAGGUAGAACUCAAUAUACACUACCAAUGUUAUGCAACUGUUCAGAUUUCAAUACCAAUGCAAUAAGAUACCUAUAUAACUAUCAGACGAAGGAGUUUUACAACCUCAGUUAUGCCCAUGAACCGUCAAAAAGCUCUGCUACUUUUGAAGAUUAUCUGGUAACUAAAUGUGGGGUGCUUAUGAUGUCACUCUUUGUUUUCUUCACAACGACCAUGUCAGUUUCAUUUACAUUGAGAGAGACACAAACUCGCAUGCUCAAAUUUACAGUGCAGCUUCAACACCAUGCGCGUCAUCGACUUCCGACAUUCCAGCUGAUAUUUGUUCAUGUCAUUGAAUCUCUUGUCUUUGUGCCUAUCAUGAUAGGCAUCCUAUUUUUUCUGUUUGAAUUUUAUGAUGACCAAUUACUGGCUUUCAUGGUGUUGAUAUUGGUAUGGCUGUGCGAGCUUUUUACCCUUAUUAGUGUUCGUACGCCAAUAUCAAUGAAGUUCUUUCCACGCUUUUUCUUACUCUAUUUCUUGGUGUUCCACAUUUACUUCUUCUCAUAUGCAUAUGGUUUUUCGUACUUGGCCUUAUCUACAACUGCAGCAUGUAUGAUGCAUCUUAUCCUGUAUUUCUGGAACAAUUUUGAGGUCCCUGCUUUACAAAGGUUUUUGCAAAGCCGUCGUUCACAUAUGCAGCAGCACCCAGAUUUCCAUAUAACCUCCUCUACUGUAUAUGCCUCUACGCUGCACAUCACCCGGUUGAAUACAAGAAAUCCUGGUCCAGCCGAUAUGGAGGAUGCUUCUGGUCCUGGGGUCUCAGUGCUUAGGCCUGGUGGUAAUGUUCCAAUGCCGCCUCAUGCACAGGCAGCAGUUCCCGGGCUUCAAGAACAAUUGGGAAAUGCAAAUCAGCAAAAUGAAAAUAUGGGGGAAGAACCUCUUCCAAUCCCUGAACAUGACCUUCGGCAACCAGAAGCUGGUCAAAACCCGGGAAAUAUGAAUUCCUUUAGCUCGUUGUUGCUAUGGAUUCUUGGAGGAGCACCUUCUGAAAGCCUCAACUCCUUUUUUUCCAUGUUUAGAGAUAUGAGGGAUCAAACCCAGUUUUAUACAGAUUCUUCUAGACAGGAAAAUGAUAAUGCCGAAAAUGCUCAAUAGUGGUGAAGCAGGUGAAGGUAAAUUUGGCAAUUGGUGAAUACUGUCAUAUUUUGAGCUAUAUCAAGAUAUUGAUCAUGUUUACAGAAGCAGAAAAGCUUCCACGGAUGUCGGUUUCAAAUGUAAAUGAGUAGUAAACAAAAGGGAAUAGGCAAGAAGAAGCUAUGUUUCAUGUACGCUGAGAUUGUGGUAAAUUUGUCUUAGUGAGGAAUUUUUGCCAUGAGCAGAGGGGUUUUGUAAGAAAUAGUUCCUCUCUGGUCUCAGGAUCUUUUCUGUAACUAUUGCUGUAAAAAGAUGGUUUCUAUUGUGAUGCAAUAUUAUAAAUGUAAGUCAUUAUAGAUCAAUUUCAGUACAUGGUCACUUGUUUUUUUCGAAAGAAAAAA